CCCGUCAGCUCCCACGACACGCGCUGGCAGACUGAGUGGGAGGAAUGAGCAGCUGAGGAUGAUGAUGCUUACGGCUGUCACAUCUCGAGGACCACCAGCGACCCUCCUAAUGUGUGAUGUUAAUAAUCCAUGCGGCAAGUGAAUUAUGGGCUCGCUUGACGUUUUCGUGUGGCUCAUAGCGGCCCUUAUUGUUCAUUGCGCCAAUGGCGUACACGACCAAAUGCGGGCUUUAGUCGACUCCAAACAGAGAUAUGUGUCUCAGACUGGCGUGGUCACCAUCCUCUCCAAGUCACAUGCAGACCGCACUGUUUAUCCUUCUGCUGGGGUGCUGUUUGUUCAUGUGCUAGAGAGAGAAUACUUUAAAGGGGAGUUCCCACCAUAUCCAAAAGCAGGCGAUGCUAGUAAUGACCCAAUCACAUUUAACACCAAUCUGAAAGGCUAUCCAGACAGGCCUGGAUGGCUGAGGUACAUUCAGAGAACCCCACAUAGUGAUGGAGUCCUCUAUGGCUCACCGACCGGUGAGCUUGUGAGCAAUCCGACCAUCAUAGAGAUUACUGCAUAUAACAGACGCACUUUUGAAACUGCCAGGCACAACUUGGUCAUACACAUCAUGUCUACAGAAGAGUUUCCUCUACCCUAUCAAGCAGAGUUUUUCAUCAAAAACAUGAACGUUGAGGAGAUGUUGGCCAGCGAGGUGUUGGGAGAUUUUCUCGGUGCUGUGAAGAACGUGUGGCAACCUGAGAGGCUCAAUGCUAUCAACAUCACAUCAGCACUGGACCGGGGCGGAAGAGUCCCAUUACCCAUCAAUGAUCUAAAAGAGGGAGUUUAUGUUAUGGUAGGCGCAGACGUACAGUUCUCAUCGUGUCUGCGAGAAGUGGAGACUCCGCAGAACCAGCUGCGCUGCAGUCAGGAGAUGGAGCCCGUCAUCAGCUGCGAUAAAAAGUUCAGAGCUCAGUUUAAUAUCGACUGGUGCAAGAUCUCUCUGGUGGACAUCACAAAGGUUGUUCCUGUGCACAGUAAUCGUCCUGAUCCUGGCACGGGUGUGCUACUGGACAUCGGAGAGUACAACCCUCCUUCUGGGUCGCUGAAAAGUCGAGACUACUUUACUGACUUCUUGGUCACAUUAGCUGUGCCCUCCGCAGUUGCCCUCGUCCUCUUCUUCAUCAUCGGUUACACCAUGUGCUGCAGACGGGAAGGGGUGGAAAAAAGAAACAUGCAAACACCAGCUAUUCAGCUGGUCCACCACAGCUCCAUUCAGAAGUCAACUAAGGAGCUUCGCAGCAUGUCUAAAAACAGGGAGAUCUCGUGGCCUCUCUCAACACUGCCGGUUUUCCAUCCUGUAAGCGGGGAGGUGGUGCCGCCCAUUCAUCCCGACAACUACGAGACCACCAGCAUGCCGCUCAUGCAAACGCAGACAAAUCUUCAAAAUCAAAUCCAAAUACCACAGCAGCAGACCUCUGGAGAUAAUUAUUGUAUGUCGACUUUUCGAAGGCUAGAGGUAAAUGGUAUUCCUGAAGAGAGGAAGGUGGUGGAAGCUCUGAACCUGUGACGGCUAAACUUUUGUACAUUUUUAAUCUUGCCAAAUGUGCAUGCAUAGCAAACAAAAUAUUAGUUUAUUCACAUUGCUAAACUGAACUAAUGUUACACUAAGAACAACUUUAAAAUGUAUUAUUAUCAAAAUAAAACAAGUGGUCAAUUGUGUUCUCAUUUUAAGAA